AUGCAGUGGGGUUGGAGAUCAGGUGUUGCAGAUCUACGCACGACACCUCAGUAUGACACAUGGUGCGCCAGACAUAGGUAUAUUCCACUCAUUGAUCCUAUUGUUCCUAUUACACCUCAGCAGAUACAUCAUCGGAGACAACAGAGGGGAGAUGACAAGGAGGAGGGAGAGGAAUAUGGGGGAGAUGAUGGAGGAGAUGGGGGAGGGGGAGGAGAUAAGGAGGGAGGAGACAAGGACAUAGACAUAGGUGGAGACAUUGAGUCUAGCAGCAGUGAAGAUGAUGAUGAUUCGAUUUCAGGAUCAUCAAGCAGUGAUGAUGGGGAUGACAUUGACAUGCUAGAGUUGGAAGAUGUACCAACUGCAGAGGGAAGUGGGGAUGUAGGACAGGGUGGUGAUGGAGAUGAUGAUGAUCAAUAG